CAUGCGCAAAGAAGUAACCUUCCAUGGGAAUGCCAUGAGGAUCCAUCUGUGCAGCUGCAGGUCACUGAGCCGGGUGCGAGCACACUUUAUCAUCGGCCCAUUACUAUUACUGCUUCUGGCCGGAGUGGCUCUGACCUUUUUACUGCCUAACAAUGAAGACAACAGCAUCCUCCGAGAACUCCGGCAAAGUUCCAACACCUCAUUUACCCUACCAGACCCAAAGGACAGUUUCACUAUUGUCAUGCAGACGUACAACCGUACCGAUGUUCUCCUCAAGAUCCUCAACCAUUAUCAGGCCAUGCCUCACCUGCAGUGCAUCAUCAUAGUGUGGAACAACCCCGGACAGCCGCCACCCAGGGAACUGUGGGAUUCACUUGGUCCACACCCAGUGCCAGCCAUCUUUAAAGAGCAGAGCGUGAACAGAAUGCGCAAUCGACUGCAACCACACCCUGAGAUCAAGACUGAUGCUGUUUUGAUGCUUGAUGACGACACGCUGGUCAGUGUUCCUGAUAUCAGCUUUGCAUUUUCUGUCUGGAAGCAAUUUCCGGAUCAGAUUGUGGGUUUUGUUCCACGGAAGCAUGUGUCCACAUUAUCAGGAGUGUAUAGCUAUGGUAGCUUUGAGCUUCAGGAUCCUGACAAAGGUGGUGGUGACUGGUACUCUAUGAUCCUUGUGGGUGCCGCUUUUUUCCACCUGCGCUUCCUGCAGCUGUUUCAAGACCAGCCCAGCGAGGUGCACCAUCUGGUGGAUGAAACGCAGAACUGUGACGACAUCGCCAUGAACUUUAUUGUGGCACGCCAACUUGCGCGGAUAUCGGGCCAUAACCGUCCUUCAGGGGUUUUCGUGAAGCCUGUAGAUAUGCGUAAUCUGGAGAAGGAGGCCAGUAGUGGAUACGUUGGCAUGUGGCACAGGGCAGAGCACAUGCUCCAGCGUUCCUAUUGUCUGAAUAAGCUGGCACAGAUCUACAGAGUCAUGCCGCUCCGCUACUCCAAUAUGAUGAUCUCGCAGUUCGGCUUCCCCAGCUAUGCAAAUCACAAGAGUAGAAUCUAACAGCUGGUUCUUUACUUAAGGCACAUUUACAAUAAAAAUGUGUAUUCAUAUAUUAUAAUGACAUUAAAAGCAUCCAGGUUAGAAACCAUUAAGAAAUCAAAGAGAAUUUUGUCUUUUUGGGUUGGUGGUUUGCUGUCCUGAUCUUUCAUCACCCUGUCCCCAACACUGCAAAUUUUCUCUGUUUUUCCUUUUCUGAAACACACAGUUUACGUGAUAGGGCUUCUGUUAGUGAGCUGAUGAAUUAAAUCAGGAAGAAAUUUAAAAUGUGUAGUGCUGGGGUGCUUUUACAGGACCAAGCGCAAGAAACAUGGCUGUACAUAAUAUACUGUAGGUUAUAUAGUAUUUUUUUUAACGUUUUUUUUCUGCACGUGCAAGCGAACUGAUUUUGUGAAUCUGUACAUUGUAGAUGUGUUUUUCUUACAGAACUGUAACUCAACAAUUAAUAAAU